AGGGCUGGACCCUGGCAAGCAGGAACCAGAGGAAAAGAAAAUCGCUCUGGAGCUGCUGGAGACAGAACAGGCUUAUGUCAACCGCCUCCACCUCCUCGACCAGGUGUUCUACACAGAGCUGAUGAAAGAAGCCAAAACUGGAAAGACGGUCCCAGAGGAAGUGGUGAAAAUGAUCUUCUCCAACAUCUCCUCCAUCCACCAGUUUCACUCCGAGUUCUUCCUGCCGGAGCUGCGGAAGCGCAUGGAGGAUUGGAACUGCAACCCCCGGAUUGGGGAUGUGAUCCAGAAACUUGCACCAUUCCUCAAGAUGUAUGGAGAAUAUGUGAAGAACUUUGACAAGGCCGUGGAGCUCAUCACUGCCUGGUCAGAGAAAUCCCCGCCCUUCCAGGAGCUCAUUGCUGACAUCCAGAAGAGGAAGGUCUGUGCUAAUCUAACGCUGCAGCACCACAUGCUGGAGCCUGUGCAGAGGAUCCCACGCUACGAACUCCUCCUGAAGGAUUAUGUCCGGAAACUGCCGCCUGAGUCCCCCGACCGGGGCGAUGCCGAGAAGGCCCUGGAGAUGAUCUUUAUGGUGGCCAAGCACUCCAACGCAGCUAUCGCCGAGAUGGAACGGCUGCAGAACCUCUGGGUGGUCUAUCAGCGGCUGGGCCUUGAGGAUGACAUUGUGGAUCCCUCCAACCAGCUGAUCAAGGAGGGACCCAUCCAAAAAGUCUCCACCCGCAACAACAGCACGUCGGAGAAAUCCCAGGGAAGCCCCCAGCUGGGAGCAGACAGGUGCUGGGCUCCAACCCAUCCCUCUCCCCGCUCCCAGUUCAACAACAUGCUGCUGUACUGCGUGCCCAAGGUCAUCCAGGUGGGCGCCGAGUUCCAGGUCCGCCUCCGCAUGGACGUGGACGGCAUGAAGGUGCGGGAGCUGCAGGACACAGAGUUCCCUCACACCUUCCUGGUCUCGGGAAAGCAGCGGACACUGGAGCUGCAGGCCAGGUCUGGGGAGGAGAUGGACGCCUGGAUCAAGGCCUUCCAAGAUGCCAUUGACAGGAAGGAGAAGAGAAGUGAGACCUUUAAGACAGCAGUACCUGGACUGGAGACAGACACCCCUGCACUGAAGACAGAGGAGCUGGGCCGCCGAGCUCCGCAGUGGGUGCGGGACAACCUGGUGACGAUGUGCAUGCGCUGCAGGGAGCCCUUCAACGCCAUCACCCGCCGGAGACACCACUGCCGAGCCUGUGGAUACGUGGUGUGUGCUCGCUGCUCUGACUACAAAGCCGAGCUGCAGUACGACGGGAACCGCCUGAACCGCGUGUGCCAGGAGUGUUACAUCUUCCUGACGGGCCACACGGUGCUCGAGGACCGGGAGGGGAAGCACAAAGGCAUCCUGGAGAAAGGAGCUGCAGAGGUAUCAAGCAGGAGUUUGCUCUGCAGUUCCCUGCAGCUGCUGGACAAGAACGGCAAGGGGGGGACGCGGGGCUGGUUUGUGAUCCCACAGGACGAUCCCCUCGUGUUGUACAUCUACGCAGCCCCCCAGGACGUGCGAGCCCACACCUCCAUGCCCCUUCUGGGCUACCAGGUGAAGGACCUGCCCCAGAGCGACUCCCGCCACCUCUUCCAGCUGGCGCAGUCCCGGCAGGUUCACACCUUCCUGGCCGACACUGAGGAGCUGAAGCAGCGCUGGAUGAGGGCCAUGGCACGCUCUGCCGCAGGGAUCACACACCCAGAGGAUGAGGAGGAGGAUGCAGACCCCUGUGACAAAGCAGAAUGAGGCCAUUCCCACCCCUGGGCCGCCUGGGGAGUCACCUCCCCAGCCUGUCCUCGCUGCUGACUUCAUGCAGACCCCCGACAUCUCCGCGUUUGGGUUUCCAUCAUGAAAAGAACAAGCAGGGGGUACAUUUGCCACCACACGGACAAGCCGGAUUCCCCUUCCCCUCCCUCCUCGCUCUCCGCGCUGGACGGAAUGAGGCGGAGGGAUGGGGGGGUUUUGGGGAGGCCUCGCCCCUGCGGCCCCGGCCGCUGUGCAGUUCCGCCGGUGGCCACGCGAGGGCAGCCCCGCCCCGUCCUUGCUCCAUCCCGGCGCAGGGGAUGCCCGGAGUCGUGAAAUCUGUGGAAUUGGGAUUGCUGAGAUAAAUCCCGCCCGCGAGCCGUCUCUGCAGUCUGUGCAGCCUUCUUUGGGGGUGUAUUUUCCAUGGGAUUGUCCCCAUGCCUCCACGUCGCCGUAUCUAUCACCAGCCCUUGUCUGAUGCCCUGCAGGGACCCAGCAUGUGGCUCACCCACACAGCUCAGGGAUCCCAGUGCUGGGCUCAGGAUGUCCCCUCCCAGCUUGUCACCGCUCCUGGCCUCACACUGCUGCAGUCCCAUGGUGUGGGUGUUCCUCUUUACCACAGACACCCCUCACCUGCAUCACUGAGCCAGUCCACACUCCUGCCCAUCCCAGACUUUGCCUUCACCCCCUCCUGUCCACAAGCACUUUCCACCCUUGUACCUCCCUCAGUUACUUGUUUCCCGAAGCAAAACACUCUGGGACAAGGUUGUGUCCACACAGGUGCUGCUGUGGUGCUGAGGAGACACAGGGGAUCCCCCUCUCUGUCGUCAUCAUAACGAGCACCCCUGGUUGUUUCACGCAGCACUUUAGGCUGCAGCCUCACAUUUUUCUCUCUGCAUCAUCUUUAGCUCCCCAAGAAUGUUGCCUGGUCAGAAGUUGCCACUUCUGAGCCUGCCAGGGGCUGAAAUGGGAUGCAGGAGGAGCCCACAAUCCCUGGCAGGCAGGGAGGGCUGUUGUUUGCAGGCAGGGGUUGCUGCCUGAGCCUGGACCACACAGCAGCUCCAGCACAGCAGCCUUGGGCAGAGCCCAGGGGUGCCACAGGCUGAACAGAUCCAUGGAGACAGGGAAGGGAAGGGAGUUGGAGCAGGAUACUGCAAAUAGGGACAUCUCUUGGGGAAAGCAUGUGGAAUAAAGGUGGAUGGGGGGGCCUCAGAGAGACAGGAAAAAGCUGUGAGCAUCAUCCUGCCUCCAUCUACCCAGCUCAGCUCAUCCUGGGAAAGGGCAAACCAUGGUGGUUUUACCUCCUCCAGCCCAAGAGAUCCCAUCAAGGAAGAGGGAGAGGAGCUGGAUGUCAGGGCAAGAGCUCUGCCAAAGCAGUUGCCCCUCAGGGUGCCACCCAGCAUGGGGCUGAGCCCAGAAGAAGCAAACAAUGCAGGGCCUUCCAGGGACACCCCAAAACAGCUCUAGUGGGAAGGGGAACCCCCAGCAACACCGGAAAAGCCCUGGAAAAGCUGCUGAGGGGGGAAGAGUGAGCAAGGGGAAGCCCACAGGGCUGGCAGGCUCUGCGUGGUGGCCCUUGGUGUGGCGUCACCCCUG